AUGAACCAUCCACAUCAAUACGAAGAUGAUCAAACUGAUCGCGACACCAUUGAUUUGGGUCCAAGAACAACCUUGUUGCCGGUUAUCGUCCCGCUUCGGCACCGAGCGGUGGAAAAUUUACGGCCGUGCACAACAACACGUGGAAGGCGGCGUGACGCGCAGCAGAUUUCCGUCAGCUUGGAAGAGUUGGACCUGGAAGAGCCGGUGCUUGCGCAGCGCGCGCUAUUCGUUGAACUCGAGUGCAAGCGGGAUAGUGUUCGUGACCAAAAUUCUCGGAUGUCCGACUUGCAACGGCAAUUUGAUGCGUUCCAAGCCGAGAUUGACCAAUUAAGGCAUGAGAAACAGCGCGUACAGGCGUUGCUCGAAGUGUCGCAAGAAGAAAGCAAAGAAUUGCGUUCUGCAAAGGAGGAGCUGACGGCUCUUUUGAGCGCGAGGAGCACUGAACGUGCUUUGGAGAUUCCCGAAGAAGCCGAGUUGCGGUCGGAAAUUGCCCGACUAGAAAACGACAAAAGGGAAUUAAGAAAAAAUAUGGUCUCUAUAAGUGGCCGUGCGAACUUGUUCAUCGACAAUAUACGAAGUCAACUGGAUGUCUUCAGUAACUUUGUAAACGGGGCCGACGAUGAUUGGUUCAAGAAGAUAUGCGAUGCCAAUAACAACCAUGUGUACACGGCCGUUCACGCAGAUCUCUGGGCUGCCGACUUGAUGAAGGCUUGCAUGGAAAUGGCACCGCCGGAACACCCAGAAAGAAAACCCGAUGAUGCCUCUCAAUAUGGUCGACAGAACGCUGGCCUCGUUCCGUUUGCCGUUUUGAGACAAAGCCUUUUACAGCCGGUGUCCCAACCCAACGAGCACAAUACGGCGCCACCACCCCAAGCAUCGGCAGAACGCUUUCCAACAUGCUCGGCGUUCUCCGACUCGUCACAUCCAGCGAAAGCCCAGAAGGCGCCGACCGAAGGAGCUGUGAAGAGCAAAAGCGCCGAAGCGGCCACCGAGCACAAGCCAUACGUUUCUCGCAUCCCCGUGGUACCAUCGAGUCCGCUGACAAACUUCAUCGGCGGGCGUCUUCCAUCCGAAACGCCGGACGGUGAAAAGCUAGCGGUACACCAGCACGCGGAAGUGGAAAAUCAUCCUCACGGCAAGUGUUACGUGCGGUAUCCCUGCGGCGGCUGUCAACCAAUGCCGCCACCCGGUCCACCGCCUCACACCACCUACAUGCAGCCGCCGCCGUAUCCGAACAGGCCACCUUUGCCAUCUGGGCGGCCGGAAUUUACGUUUGGCUUUGCUCCGAUGCCGCCUCCACGUCGUUUUCGGCAGCAGGGGCCUCAAAACUUGACGAUGAGCUAUUUCCAGCCGCCGCCCGAACAGCCAUCAAGCCCAGCCGGCACCACGCAGCCGCCACAUCAGCAUGGCGCUAACUCGCCGAAUCAGCAAGAAGGCUCGCAUCGGCCCGCGCACAACGCCCAUCCGAGCAAUCAUCACCGCAACGAUAACAACAACCAUCACCAUCAGCACAACCAGAUGCACCCCCGGAAUUUUCGGAACAGCUUCAACCACAAGUUCAACCGGCCGCCGCACCUGUUU